AUGCACUAUCUUACGCAAGUUUCGGGGAAAGCUCGCUUUGGCUGCUUUUAUGUCUGUCUAGCAUGUCGCCAAACGACAACGCAGUCCUUGUGUCGACCAUCACGGCCGGUGUCAUUACGCUUCCGAAAAGAUUUCUCCUCUUUGAAUUCUCGGCUUCUGCAAAAGCAGGACGUUAUCGAAGAAUCGGCUGAGAAGGAUGGUGUUUCAGCGCCAGGGAGUCCGUCCCAACGACGAAAAUUUGCUCGAUCCCCUGCGGCAAGUUCAUCUCUUCGUCGCGUUGCUGUAGAAGCACAAAGGACAAGGAGUGGUAUUCUUUCAAAGGCGCGGCUUCUAGAAAAAGGCUUGGGUGAACCCAAGACGGUCACGGCCUAUGCAGUCGCGGAACAAUUCAAUAUUACAAAAGUCAGGGAUAUCUUACAGGAGAAGGGCUUUGAGCCGGAUCCUUUCGAUACGCAACUGUACCCUCAGGUUGUCCACAUACAGGUUCCAAUUGAUUCGGUUCGGCGCAUGACAAACCCGGAUGCUACCAAUUUGGGAACCGACGAGGCUGGCGAUGUAUUCAUUUUUCCUUCUGGAACUGUGGUAGCAUGGUCUCUCCCGGAUGGUUAUACUUCCUAUCUUGCUUCCAGAACGCUUCUACCUGCAGCCGAGGGCCCGCAUACAGAUAACGUGGAAACCGAGAACUUGGACUUCAUCGAGGAUCCACAACGGGAUAGUAGCUCCAUCAAGGGCGACACAAUCAUACUCGGCACCAAGUCAGGUCAAGAUUAUCCACAGUCGGAUAUACCCAAUCGUCAGACUGUCGACACUGUGUUGACAAAGAUCGCAUUUUCAUCCGGGCUAGCGCGCAGCACGAAACUUGCUAUACUGGAGAGUCUUCUUUCCGAUUAUUUCGAAUCGACGCGUAACAUACCAACUCUGCUCUCACAGGGUUCACGUCUGCCUUACACAAGGGAUUUCAUUCUCCGCAAGACAGGGCAGCUCCUCAGUGUACGGGCGCAGCUGAAUCUCUACUCGGAAUUGACUGAUUCUCUGCCAGAUAUCUUCUGGGAUAGCCGGCACGAGCUCGGCCUUGAAGGUUAUUAUGAGGAAGUGGGCAGAGCGUUGGAUGUUGGGAUCCGCAUCAAGGUAUUAAACGAAAGAAUGGACUAUGCGCAAGACAUUGCCAACGUCCUUCGCGAGAGGCUUAGUGAAACUCAUGGACUGCGCCUUGAGUGGAUUAUUAUUCUGCUCAUUGCAGUCGAGGUUGGAUUCGAGGUUCUCAGGCUCUGGAAAGAGCGAGAAGAAGAGAGAAAGGAGAAAGAAGCGCUGAGAAAUGUGCAAUGA